AAACCCCAAAAAGAAGCUGAGACGCCAAUUCCAACAUCAUCGAUCGAUCGAGAUGAGUCUUCUUCUCCCUUGUGCCUCUGCUCGCACCUCCCAUCUUUUUCCUUCCUCCCAAAAGGGCAAUGGAAGAGAAAGAGAUUUGAAAUACCCAAUUCCUCUGAACCACAACAAAGAUUUGAACUUUCUGGUCAAGAAGUUAGCUCCGUCACUCACGGCUGUUCUACUUGCUGUUUCACCCAUUUGUUAUCCUCCAGAAUCUCUUGGACAGACUUUGGAUAUACAGAGAGGAGCAACAUUGUUUAAUAGAGCUUGUAUUGGGUGUCACGAUACAGGUGGAAACAUUAUUCAACCAGGUGCAACGCUUUCCACAAGUGACCUCCAAAGAAAUGGAGUUGAUACGGAAGAAGAGAUAUUCCGUGUUACCUACUAUGGAAAGGGAAGAAUGCCGGGAUUUGGAGAGAAAUGCACGCCAAGAGGACAAUGUACCUUUGGACCGCGUUUGCAGGACGAAGAGAUCAAGCUUCUAGCUGAAUUUGUAAAGUUUCAAGCUGAGCAAGGUUGGCCAAAUGUAUCUACCGAUUAGCGAAAUUCAACAAAGAUUAGUACAGUUCGAUUCCAUUGACUUAGUAAGAUAUUGCAGCAUUAGUUUGAUAUUCCUCUGUAUCUAUUAUGUCUUCAAAACUCAAUUUAUGGUGUUAAAUAAUAUGAGAAUCAGAAUGCUUUGUAAUCCAAUUAAUCCAUAAAGCUGCACCUUACUUAAACUU